UAGAGGUUAUGGCUAAUUAUUUGUUUUAUUAAUCCUUUUUAGAUAAGAUGUAAAUUUUCUCACAUAUUUUUAAGAUGUACAAUGAAUCAAGUCACUCUCAAAUAUAAAUACAUAAUUUUGACUUGUGUAUUAAUUCUAGUUUUGUUUGUAAUCCUCGCCAGGAAUUUAAACGAUGGGAAAUACGAAAAUGACACUGAAAAAAAUUUAUGGAAGUUUCCAGAGGACGUGAAUCAUGCAAAUUAUCUACUAAAUGAGGCUUAUCGAAAGAUAGAAGCUCUGGAAGAAAAAAUUAUCUCGCUGGAAGGCCGAGUACCUAAGACUUAUCCAGAUGUCAAUUUUUUAAAUUACUUGAAAAGGAAAAGGAUAUUAAUCACAGGUGGGGCUGGAUUUGUAGGAUCUCAUCUUGUGGACCGUUUAAUGUUGGAUGGUCACGAAAUAUUAGUAGUGGACAAUUUUUUCACAGGAAGAAAGAGAAAUGUAGAGCACUGGAUAGGACAUGAGAAUUUUGAAUUAAUACAUCACGAUAUAGUUAAUCCUUUGUUUAUUGAAGUUGAUGAAAUAUAUCAUUUAGCUAGUCCCGCUAGUCCACCUCACUAUAUGCAUAAUCCAGUUAAAACUAUUAAAACCAACACACUAGGAACAAUAAAUAUUUUAGGAUUAGCAAGAAGGCUUAAUGCAAAAAUUUUAAUAGCCAGCACAUCAGAAGUGUAUGGUGAUCCAGACAUUCACCCACAACCCGAAACAUAUUGGGGACAUGUAAAUCCAAUUGGACCGAGAGCGUGUUAUGAUGAAGGUAAAAGGGUUUCAGAAACAUUGACGUAUGCUUAUGCAAAGCAAGAAAAUAUGCAGGUUCGUGUAGCCAGAAUUUUUAAUACCUACGGCCCUAGAAUGCAUAUGAACGAUGGCAGAGUGGUUUCAAACUUUAUUUUGCAAGCAUUACAAAAUGAUGUCAUCACUGUGUACGGCUCUGGUGAACAAACGCGCUCCUUUCAAUAUGUAUCGGACUUAGUUGAAGGGAUGAUAUCACUUAUGAAUUCGAAUUAUUCGCAGCCUGUUAACUUAGGAAAUCCUGUAGAACAUACUAUAAAUGAAUUUGCGUCCAUUAUUAAAAAUCUUGUGGGAGGCCAUAGCAAAAUUAUUCACGUAAGCGAAGUGGAAGACGAUCCUCAAAGAAGAAGACCGAAUAUAACGCGAGCAAAGACUUAUUUGAACUGGGAACCAAAAGUAGAUUUAAAUACCGGGUUGCAUAAGACUGUCGAAUAUUUUAGGCAAGAGCUCAAAAGAUUUAAGUAUACACACAGAAAUAAAUUUAAAAUUGAAAAGCCGAGUUAGAAAAUCCGGAAUAAUAAUUUUCGUUAGUUUUUUUUUACAAUUUUUCCUUCUGACGUUGAAUACAAAGAAUUGAGAAGUAAAUAAAUGGACUUAAAAAUACUUUUUUACACAUUUUUUACUAUUAUUUGGUAUAUAAUUUACUAAAAAUAAAUAUAAUGUUUAUAAUCUUUAUAAAAAUUUCUUCUAUAAAUAAAAUGACAGACAUUAUCGUUUAAUGUUAUGUUUAAUAUUUUUUCUCAAUAUAAAAUAAAGACAUAACGUUUAUUAUCCUGCAUUUGUGUCAAAAAAUGUCAAAAAUUGACUGAUUCUAUUCAGAGCGUCAUUUUCUAUCGAAUAAACUAAAAAAAUACCGAGGGUGCCAUUUAAAAAUAAAAGUUGUAAUUUCCGGUGAAACAGGAAGUGACCGAAAACGAUUGAAUACAUCAAUCAAUCCUAAUUUAUGUCAUAUACUAGCAUACCAAAUCGCGUUUUUUAUCUGAAAAAUAAAGUUAUAGGUGUGAGCCACUUUUCAGACGCACCCGGUAUACUACUAGUCAAAAGGUGUUAUUUUUCAUGUUUUUAGUCUUGCAACCAUUGCAAGCUGGCUAAGUAACUAUUUUUGAAACUUUUUAUAAGAUUCAUAAGAAUUUCACUGGAACACAAGCCUCACCGUAAUGUUAUUUCCAGAUUUAUAUACUUGCCUUAAAUCAAUUAUAAAAUAAACAAAAGUAUAAUAUAAAAUAAACGUAGAAAAGCGCAUCAAACAGACAAAAAUUCAAAUUUGUCAAGGAAAGCCAAUAAAACCGUCAAGAUGUUUGUAUGAUGUAGCUUCAAUCUUUAGUGUCUUAAUGUAACUCUUCCACCCUUAGAUUUUUUUAUUUAUUGUGUAGUAACACUACCUUAUACAAUAUUAUAUACAUAAUACUUUAUAUACAAUUUCUAUUAAUGAGGCUAUUGCCUUAAAUUAACCAGUCAACAUUAUAAGUAUCUGAGAAUCCAUUUAUUCGCUUCUCAUUUCGUGAAAGCCUGAAAUAAUCAAAACUUACAUUUAUUUAAAUUUUGACCUCUUGUGAUUAGCACAGCUUUAUUUUUGUAUAAAGAAUAGACCUCAAAUUUAUAGGUAAUUUACAGCUAUUGUUUUGUGGUGUAAAACUGUAUAUACUGUGUAAUAAAUGUUAACUACUUUUAAAUAUUUAAGUUAGGUAAGGUCUAAAUUUUCCAAACUGUAUUUUUACUAUAAGUGUAUAGAGAUGUUAAAAUAAAAGAUUAAGACUAUUUAAAA